CAUUUUACGUUUGCCGUAAAGCAAUGGGAUAGUUGAGAAUAAUGAUAGGAGAUACGUGAUCUUUGUAGUUUACUCAUAUGUGAUUUUUUGAUGAUUUUGGAGCUUGAUGAAGUGACGUACUUGACAUUUGUUAAGUUCCCAAACGUUGUCACGCUUGGGAGAAGGAUUUUGUGAAUAGUUCGUCACCUUUCGAGAAGCAAGAAAGCGGGGAUCGCAAGGAGAAGAAUUGCUUUUAGCCAGUCAUUGCCAUGGCCUCCGAUAGCGGCGAUAGCAACAUGGAUAGAGAAAUGAUUUUGGCGGAUUUUCAGGCUUGCACUGGAAUCGACAUUGCGGAGGCAAUCGCUCUACUCGAGCUCAACAACUGGGAUUUAGUGGCAGCAAUCAAUGGAGUGAUACCACAGGAGAACGGGAUCUUACAAAGCAGUAGCUUUGCCAGCGCGGCGAGUCAAGCCAACCUAUACGGACCCCUCAACCAAUCAGAAGCAGCCGAGGCGGCGGCGGCGGCGGCGGUAGGCCCGGCCCCCAACCCCCCUUCGACGUCCUCGUCCUCCUCUCCUCCGUCCUCUUCCGCCUCCGGCUCCGCCUUCUGCCCCAUCCUCCAGUCCUCCCGACACAUCGUCGAGCGCCAGCCCCGCAUGCUGAACUUCAGGGUGGAGUACCGGCAGCGGACCACUGAGGUUGUAGUGGAGGAGGCCAGCACAGUUGGGGAAAUCAAACACAUCCUUGUGACAGAGCUGGGGGUUCCAGUGUCCAAAAUGCAGCUGAAGGGAUGGAAGAGUGGUGACGUACCAGACAGCACGGUCCUGAGAAGUUUACACCUGCCCAAGAACAACAGCCUCUAUGUCCUGACACCAGAUAUUGCCCCCACUGCCAGCACCAGCCAGAACAGUGCUCUCCCAGACUCAUUAAACCAGAACUAUCUGCUGGUCAUCAGUCAUCGGGAGACCCAGAAGGAGUACAGCCUCAACUUCCCCGGCACCAGAACCAUACAGGAGGUGAAAAGGAACGUCUCAGACCUAACCAACAUCCCUGUGCGGCACCAACAGUGGGAAGGAUGGCCUGCGUCAGCAUCCGAUGACUCUAUGACACUAGCAAAUUCUGGGAUAACUUAUCCCUGCCAUCAUCUCAGUGUGUGUCGGAGAUCUUCGCCAGCCAACGCCCAGGAUCCUACAGAAGAGUGUGCAGAUGUCCAUAUGAUCAGCGACAGCGAGGGCGAUGACUUUGAGGAUGCGUCAGAGUUUGGUGUCGACGAUUCAGAGAUGUUUGGAAUGGGCUCCUCAACCAGUCGCAAAUCCCCUUUGAUGCCAGAGAAUAGUGAGAAUGAAGGGGAUGCCUUAUUGCACUUUACUGCCGAAUUUUCUACCAGAUAUGGAGAAGUACAUCCGAUGUUCUUCAUCGGCUCUUUGGAAGCAGCGUCUCAAGAGGCCUUCUACGGCAAAGCCAGAGAAAGAAAGCUGCUGGCCAUCUACCUCCACAACGACGAGAGUGUCCUUAGCAACGUCUUCUGCUCCCAGAUGAUGUGCGCCGACUCCAUCGUCGCCUACCUGAGCCAGAACUUCAUCACAUGGGCCUGGGACGUCACUAAAGAAGCUAACAAGGCCAGACUACUCACCAUGUGCACAAGGCAUUUUGGCAGUGUGGUGGCACAGACCAUACGGACCUACAAGACGGACCAGUUCCCCCUGCUCCUCAUAGUUAUGGGCAAACGCACGUCCAACGAAGUGUUAAACGUCAUUCAAGGGAACACGACAGUGGAUGAGCUGAUGAUGAGGCUAAUGGGGGCCCAGGAAAUCUUCACAGCACAGCAACAAGAGGACAUCAAGGACGAGGACGAGCGCGAGGCGAGGGAGAUGGUGAAGCGAGAGCAGGACGAGGCCUACCGCCUGUCCCUCGAGGCCGACCGUAAGAAGAGAGAAGCACAAGAGAAGGAGGAGGCGGAACAGGUGCGCCAAGAACAAAUGAGGAAGGAGCAGGAAGAUGAGAAGGAGGCCAUCCGUCUGUCCCUGGAGCAGGCCCUACCGCCGGAGCCCACCCAGGAGAAGGGGGAGCCAAUCAGCAAGCUGCGUAUCCGCACGCCAAGCGGCGAGUUCCUGGAGCGGCGUUUCCUCGGCAGCUGUAAGCUGCAGGUCCUCUUCGACUUUGUGGCGUCCAAGGGGUACCCCUUCGAAGAGUUCAAGCUGCUCACCACCUUCCCUCGUAAAAAUGUACGUAAGGACGGCCGUAAGGCUCGCACGCAACACAAACACGCUUCUCCACACCCACCCACUCGACGGCGCUGUGGGUGGGGUCCGAGGCGUGUGAGCAGAGAGACGGUGGGAUUUUGGUGGGAUUUUGAAGAGAAACAACCCCAAGAUAACACACUCUCCCUGCACUCCAUUUCCCCGCCAUUGAUAGAUUAUCGCUGAGUGCUUGGCUGUGCUUGACGGGCAGGAGGAUUUCUCUGAUUCACUGAAUCGGGAAGAGAGGCCUUGAUUGUUCAGAAAUGAGACGGGAGUGAUUCAAAUCGAAAUGGGCUCAUUGAAAGAAGGGCCCUCCCCACUCCGAAAAGAUAUUCUCACAGCGCAUAUCACUCACUAAUGGCAGACUUUCUAACCAAGCACACUCAAUAACAGCUAUUAAAUGUUAACCUACCAUCCAUUUAAGCUAUCAGAAACAGCAACGAGCACUGAAAGAUAGUUUCUACAUGAUAGAAUAGAAGCUUUCUUCCACCCGUAUCUCCUUAUCUAUGUACAUCUCUGUGCCAGGGAGAUGGGGAGAUAUCAUUCGAAGAGGUAGAAGAUAUCUGCCCUCCUCCUCCUCCUCCUCCUCCUCCUCCUCCUCCUCCUCCUUCACCACUAUCACAAGCUCAAAUUACUGCCGGCUCUCUGUCCUCCUUCCCUUCCUCUCUGCUGGAGAUUUCCUCGGCUGUAAUUGGCUCCGGUGUCCCAGCCCGAGGGCAGAGGUCCGCCCGGGUGUGAUGCCCGGCCGGGCCUCCGGGGCCUGGCUUGUGAGGGGAGGGACAGCGGGACCACACCGCUGAGGGGAAUGGCUCUGUCCCUGUCGCCCGGCCCCCGCACUGAGGGGACUGUCUCUGUACCUGUCGCCCGGCCCCAAGGCUGUACUUUUGCUGUAUGUUUGUGUUGUGUGUGUGUGUGUGUGUGUGGAUGUGUUUUUAGUUUUUAUCGUACGUGUGGUUGUUGAUUCAGUGUGGGGCCUUGGGCGCUGUGCGGCGACGGGCACGUUCCCACGUCUGUGUGUUUGUUUACGCGUACCUGCGAAAAGGAUCGGCUAAGCCAACCGCUAAAUCCAGGCGCACCUGCCCGGGUGUAUAUAUUGGGUGAAUAUUAAUUAGUAUCAGCCCAUUGUGUAUACAUUACACUCUGUCAGUGUUAGGAUACAGUUGUCAGCACUAACGGGAGUAUUCUCUAUGGCUCGCGCUGCAGCCAAUCGGCUGCAGUCUCUCAUUAAGGGGCCUAGGCUGCAGCACUCUGCUCGCUGGCUAAUGAGCACUGCUUUAACUACCUGCUUAAUUAGCCUUGCGGCUGGAAACAAAAAUGAGAUUUCCAUUAAUCAAGAGGGGAGUGUGCGCGCGCAUGCAACGUGUGUGUGUGUGUGUGUGUGUGUGUGUGUGUGUGUGUGUGUGUGUGUGUGUGUGUGUGUGUGUGUGUGUGUGUGUGUGUGUGUGUGUGUGUGUGUGGGCCUGCCCAGGCAGUGUGCCAUGGCGGUCUGCAGGGAACGCUAGGCGCACAAACACCUCAAACUAACACACGCGCACACACGUCUCAAACUAACACACAUCGCCGCCGCCACCGCCGCUGCACACUCUCGCCCCGGCGCCGCAAUCAGCCACUUCAACACAUCCACAAAUAUUUUCAAGCGACGACAUGCCUCGCUCACAACUUUGUCACUUAAAGGAUUCACAGUUGUCUCUUUAUAAUCAAGAGUAAACAUGUGUUUGAGACAGAGAUAAAGAUGUGUCUGCAUCGCAGAGGAAAUUCGGGGCAGAAACAGGACGGCGGGAUUAGGGGAGAGGGGGGGGAAACAGCGGAUGGGAUGCUGACUCUGCAGAACGGGAUGAGACGGGGGGGGGGGGGGGGGGGGGGAGAGAGAGAGAGAGAGAGAGAGAGAGAGCGGGGAAAAUCCUAAACAAAGAAAACAUUUAAUUUAGAGAUACAUUCUGCGAGUAUGGAAGAACAAAUAAAAACAACAAGCGGAGGAGAGCUGAGGGAAGAGAGUUGCUUCCAGAAAACAAAAGGCGAGAGAUUUGGGGGAUGGCUCUGGGCGGGGGGGGGCUGGGAGGGGGGGGGGGCGGUGCGGAACACAGGCCUCGCUUCUAAUCCGGCAGCUCUGUAAUGUAAUUAAAUGAGAGGGGUGCGCAGGGGAGCCUUCAUCCACUCCAGACGCUUCCCCCUGCCGUGCUGCCAGCAGCCCAGGAUGGAGGAUCCACCACUAUUGCAUUUCUCCAACGCCACAACUGUUGAAACCUUCCUUUUUUCCGGCGGCUUCUCUCGUCUUUUGUUUGCUCUGUUUUUUUUUUCUCGCAGUGUUGCCUUCUUCUUCCUUCUCGCUCUGAAUUGCCAUUACUGUUGUCUUCAGUAUUGCGGCGGAAGAAAGCAAAAAAUAAAUAAAUUAGUGGAUGGGACUGAAAUACGCACCGUACCCCAAAAAAACGGGAAGCACUUUGCCACAAAAACAGCCGGUUCCUGUGUGUCAAAUAGAUAAAAAACAAAUAAAGGACGAAAUGGAAAUAAAUUGAGAUGUACAUCAAAACGCAUGCCAAAACAAUACGAUCCCCCUCCCUAGAUUUGCGCCGUGGCAGUUCCCCGUGUGUCGCCCAGCGGGGGACUAUAAUUACCCCCGGUUUUUUGGACGGCGUCUCCUCCUCGACAUUUGGUUGCGAGCGGCUUAGCUCCUCGCGGCGCUACAGCAGCCUGUACACUGGCAGCAUGUGUAGCCGGCUUUGUUGUGCCCUGCAAACUUAGCCUCUCUUAGUGACGGGCUGCUACUGCAGAGGGAGAGUCUCGCUUAACCCCCGUCUUUGGGCAGCCCUGGGGCACCGAGCCGUCGCGGUGGUGGAUCCUCGGCAGUAAUUCAGCAUUUAUGAAUGGGGAUGAGGGAGAGAUGCUGUACAAUUGGCCCCGCAAUAUGGCGUGGAGUAUAGCUGGCAGUUGAGGGACCUAUACGUUAUUUUGGGGGUCGUUGAUUUCAGUUGUUGUUUUUUUUAUUCAGAAGCAGCCAUGUCGGGAUAUAAAUAAAUCGUGCCGUAGCGUUUAUUGUAUCGCAGAGGCCUGUUAGCCCGUCCUCUUUAGACGAGCGAGAAAGCGUGUUUAGACGCCAUGAGUCAGACCCAGGCUCAUUAUUCCUCCCCUUCACAGUUUUUCACUCCUCGCCCGAAGCAGCUUCUGUGACAACCCAAACACGGUCUGAGCAGCAUAUUAUUCUUGGUACUGUGAUACUGUACCCUCUUCCUGCUUUCCCACUCUCCUAAUCUCUCCUCCAGCUCCGUCUCAAACAAAUGUUUGAACUGUGCAAAUUCAGCCAAAUGCUUCUUAGACAAAACUUAAGAUGCAGGGAAAAUAAACAGAGCUGUUCAAAAACGACGCAGCGUGGUCUGUGGACGGCUGUGAGAUGGAUUUCACAUCUGCACCGAAACCGGUUGUUGGGGGGGUUUUUUUCACUCUGAAAGAAUUAGCAAAAGAACUAUUGCAGUUUAUUUGGUUCGGAUUAAUCCGUCCCCAUAAUAUCCUGUUUGAGGCAUCGGACCCACACGCCUCCUUCAGGACACCGACGCAGACGUCCCUGGCUAUGACCCCAGGUAAUUGAUAAAAGGCCUGUCUGUGUGCACGUGUGCAGGUGCGCUUGCCUCUUUGCGGGAGCGGGAGAGAGGGAGAGAGGAAGAGAGGGAGAGUGGGAGAGAGGGAGAGAGGAAGAGUGGGAGAGCGGGAGAGAGGGAGAGAGGGAGAGAGGAAGACGCCUUUGGGUCCCAAUUUCUUCCCUGAGGUCAAAAAGCGGUUUUCCCCCGGGGGGAUCCCUGUCCUUCUGAGCUACUCCUCCUCCUCUUGACUUUCCCUCUCCCGCCGUCACUUUUCCCUCCCAUGUCUCUCGGCCUCCUCCCCCCCCCUCCUACUCCUGCCAGCUCCACUCCUGCUCUCCUCACCCCCCCCCCCCCCCCUCCCCUCCUCCUUUCUCAAUGAGUGUUUUGUGCUCCUUAUUUUAUUUCAUUCGUUCUACACUUCUUUCCCUCCUCCAAGACUGGCCGGCUGAUCCCUCUCUUUAUUCUCUCUCCCGUGGCUCUCCUGGUGUCUCCUUCUCUCUCUCUCUCUGUUCUCUCUCUCUCUCCCCUGGCUCUACUAGUCUCUCUCUCGCUCUCGCUCUCACUCUCUCUCUCUCUCUCUCUCUCUCUCUCUCUCUCUCCCCCCCUCCCCUGGCCCUCCCCUGUUGUCUCUCUCCCUCUGUUCUCCCCUCUCUCUCCCUCGGCCCAGCUCCAAGCCGGUGUCUCUCUCCCUCUGUUCUCCUCUCUCUCGCCCUCGGCCCCCUGCUCCCAGCCGGUGUCUCUCUCCCCUCUCUCUCUCUCCCUCGGCCCCCUGCUCUCAGCCGGUGUCUCUCUCCCCUCUCUCUCCCUCGGCCCCCUGCUCUCAGCCGGUGUCUCUCUCCCUCUCUCUCUCUCCCUCGGCCCCCUGCUCCCAGCCGGUGUCUCUCUCCCCUCUCUCUCUCUCUCCCUCGACCCCCUGCUCCCAGCCGGUGUCUCUCUCCCCUCUCUCUCUCUCUCUCGACCCCCUGCUCUCAGCCGGUGUCUCUCUCCCCUCUCUCUCUCCCCCGGCCCCGCCCCCAGCCGUUGCCCGGCCGCGGCAGCCGUCUCUUUGAUGUGCGGGUCCUAAUCUGUGCUGUUCAGCGGUGUUGUGUUCACGCCCUGGCGCUACGUGUUGUCACCGCGGCUGGCAGCGGAUAAUGAUCUCCCACUGCUUUUGUAAUUGGCCAAAUAAACACUUGACAACACUAGUUUUAAAAAGACAAGUUAUUUGGUUUUAAUUAACAUAGUCAGGGCCUGUAAUGGCUUCAUUAAAAAUGCGUUAUUUCAGCUGCGCGUUUGAUUAAGUUGGAAACGGGACAUCUUUCAGGAGGGCUGUGUUUAUUUUCUCUUUCUCUUUGCGCGAGCAUUACUGUCCCCCCCCACCACCCCCCUCUUCUGUUAUCAAUGUGUUUUUUUCAUUUGGAUAAGGCAAUCUGCAUUUGCGACGCUCAUUUCAGAGUUCCCCGUGAGUGUUAAUGAUGUGAUGUGAGCCGCGAGGAGAUGUGCCACCGCGUUGUGGCUAUUAACCGAGGUGAUAUUAUUAGCGCGUUAUUAUAUUGUGAAAUGUGAUGACGACUUGUUUGAAAUAUAAUAUUUAAUUAUUGGAGGACAUUAUUACUGUUUUUCAAUCCAAGAAUUGACAGGUCUCCUUUCCAUAAGUUCCAGGUUUUGAAGUUGGAUUUGCGGUGGUAGAAUCUUUAGUGACUGUAAUUGUAUUGUUGUUUCGUUGUUGGUUAUUCAGGCCGCACACAAACGCUGGAAUCAAUUCAGAUUUCUAAGCGCCUCAAUUAUGAUGUAUUUUUUAUUAUUUAACGGCGGCGAUGGCUCGCAGGCUGUUCCGAGUUUACCCGGAAUCUUUGCGAAUCACGUUUUCUUUAAUUAGUCGCCGAACAAUUUCAUAAUUCAACAAGUAACGGAGUGAUUUAAUCCAAAUGGGUUGAUUGAAAUGAUAUUGACUCAAGGUCAAAACAAACGGGGUGGGGGGGGGAGGCAGGCGGGCGAGAUUGUGUCUGUCUGGUGCGUGUGUGUGCGUGGCCGCGUGCAGAGGCCCACACAGAGAAGGAGAUAUGGCUUAGGCAGAGCAGGGGGAAAAAACAACAGCUUUGUUUGUUGACAGAUGCCUCCAUGCUUAUGGUCUGUUAAUUGGAUAACAAUGUAAACAAUCACCGAUGGCACUCGUCUCCUGUGUCAGUGUGGCAUCUUGUUUCCCUACUUUCAUUUUCUUAGUCAGAUGCUGGCGUGCGUGCGUGCGUGCGGACACACACACACACACACACACACACACACACACACACACACACACACACACACACACACACACACACACACACACACACACACACACACACACACACACACACACACACACACACACCCCCCCACCCCCACCCCCACCAACAACACC